AUGCCAACGCCUCAAGAAAUCCAGCUCCCUGGCUUCGGCCUUCCCAUCAGCCACGCUGGGGCUCAUUUUCCAGCCGUCCUUGGGACAGAAGACGGAGAUGGAGAAGGAGACUGGAGAGCCAGCACUUUGACAAUUCGAGAAGUCUGCAUGAUCAAAGUCAUCGAGGACCUCACAAACAAGCCCGAGUGGUGGAUCAAAGUCAAUGAUGAUGAAAUUACUGCCAAGUGGAAGAAGGAGGCUAUGGAGAUGCCAUGGGGAGAGUAUCGAGUAUACGGUGAUUUCACCCAGGCCAUGGCCGAUGCUUGUAUCAGGGAAUUGCGCAAAAAGGCAGAUAUUUACCAAAAGACCGGCCUCAUUCCGGUCAUGGAUUACGCUUCUGCAGCCAUCAAAUCAGACAACUUGGUCCCCAAAGAUCUCCGAGAUGCCCUCAUAUCUGCCGUUUCCCCUUUGGAAAAUGUUCCCGAGAAACACAAAGACUGGCAUCCUGGCAGUGAUGGCAAGGUGCUUGACAUCGUCCACCCUUCGCUGUGGCCGCUUGUCUAUGGGCGAUCUCUCAUCCUCCCCGACAAGCGCAUUAAUCUCGAAGAAGCGCUGCCGCAUUGCGGGAAAGGCGUCGUUAUCCCUGUCGACGACAGUGAUGUCAGCAAGCGGCAUCCUAGUGCCUUUUCUAAACGCUUCCAGUGGCUCCCUUGCGACGUUGACCUGACUGGCGAGCACCCUCGCAUCGACAGCUACAUCAACAAUGUGCACCCGGUCAAACAUGCCGAGCUCUAUCCCGUCAUUGAGAAAUUCGUAGAGAAAUCGCUGCCGGCUUGGGAUGUCAUCUAUCGAUGGCAUAAGGACUUCGAAGUCCAACGUGUCUUCACGAACAAUGUUCGACCAGAUUGUAAAGUUCCCGAGAUCUGCGGAGAUGAGUGGUGUUCAGCCCAAAAUCGGCCACUGGACGACGAUGAGGAGCCUCGUAGAGAAGACGAGGACUAUGAAGAAGAUUACGAGGAAUCUGAUCGCAACAAACGCGAUGAGGAAUGGUUCAGGGAGACCCAUGUUCCAGAACUUCCGGACCCUAAGACUGAAUUGGAAGAGCUCGUCAAGAUCGACCCUAGAGACGUAAAGACCUCGGGCUUUUUUGGCAACGCUUCUCGAGUGCAGGUCAUUGUCAAGCUUGCGAACAUUCACCUCACCCCUGAGAAGCCAACCUACGAUGGUGGUUCAUGGCAUGUCGAAGGCCAGUUGAAUGAGCACAUAUGCGCGACUGCACUCUACUACUAUGACUGCGAUAACAUCACUGAUUCUCGCCUUGAUUUCCGCACAGUUGCCAACAGAGAAGACCAAACUUUAGACCUGAGUUACGAGCAGGGCGAUUUCGACAGCAUCGAACGAGUUUUCGCGAUUGAUCCCGGCGCAGACACACUCCAGAACAUCGGCAGCGUUCUCACACGCCAGGAUAGAAUGCUCUUCUUUCCCAACGUGUAUCAGCAUCACGUCAGCCCCUUUGAGCUGGUUGAUAAGUCUCGUCCCGGUCACCGCAAGAUUCUAGCCCUUUUCUUGGUCGACCCUCAGAUUCCUAUCAUCUCAACUGCCAAUGUUCCUCCCCAGCAGCGCGACUGGUGGGCGGAGGGGUUGCUCAGGAAUGAUCGCUUCAAUAACUUGCCCCCCGAGCUGACACGGAUGGUGGUGGAUAACUUGGAUUUCCCUAUUGAUCUGGAGGAUGCUAAGAAGAUCCGAGGGGAACUCAUGGCGGAAAGGACUGGUAUGCAGGGUACCCUUAACACCAACCUCAAGAAUCUUGAGUGGAAUUUCUGUGAGCACUAG